CUUUCCCUUCCGCCGCUCGUCUCAACCGCCAACCACCCCCCUUUCUCUCCGCCAUGGCCGGCGACGCCGAGGUAAUGGGAAGGACCGGAAAGCAUCCUGAUCCUUCGCUUUCUCAUCCUUCACUUCAUCGCUCAGAAUGGCGGCGCUCAAGAGGGCGUACGCGGACGUCAUCCUGAACACGGCGAAGGAGUCGGCCGUCAGGAUUUUGGCGGCGGAGCGCCGGACGCUACAGUGGAAGCAGAGCUCGUCGCUCGUCAAGGAAGAUUCUGUUGCCCUAAUUCUUCGACUCAAGGCUCUCAUGGACUCUAGGAUUAAAGAGACAGAAUCAGUAAACUUAUCACAAGCAACAAGAAUUCGAGAGCUUGAAGUUCAGCUCCGUGAGGCGAACCAUACAAUUCAUCGUCUAAAUUCUAAACUGCAGAAAGUUAGUUCUGAACUGGAGAAUCAGAAGAGUGAUAAAAGUGAGUCUCUACAAGGUAAAGACACAGAUGAUCACAUCAUUUCGCAGACAAAUAACCCUGAUGAAGCUGCAUCGAGUCAGGAAACUGUACCUCAUAGCACCUAUGCUAAAUAUUCAAACCAAAAGGAGCCUACAAAACAUUCAACUACAUCUGAUGAUUCUACUGGCACUCCUGAUUUAGUGUCCUUGAUAUUGAGAAACAAGGAACCAGAGCCUUUUAGGAACGGUUGUACUCAGCGGAUACGUGCAUUGGAGCGAAAUGUAUUGACUGAUAGAGAUCUUCCUGCUGAAAGACAUGCUCUGACCUCUAAUGUAAAGCAAGAAGCUGCAAUAUGUGAGAAUGAACUAGAUGAAAAAUACUGGCUUGGAGACCCAAUCCUGGCAGCCGAAAUGCUAAUAGAGGUUGCAAAAUCACUUGAUUCAGAAGAAGCACAACAAGCAAACAAAUCUGAAAUCAACCAGGAAGGUAAGUUUUCCAGUUGGCGUUCUCCAUCAGAAGAAGCACAACAAGGAAACAAAUCCGAAAUCAACCAGAAAGGUAAGUUUUCCAGUUGGCGUUCUCCAAGAAGAAGAAGAGCUAGAAAGCUCCUCACAAAAAGCUGCAGUACUUCUCAUGAAACUGAAGAUCAUGAACAACCAGACAUUAGUAAUACUAAAAUUGCUGGAAAAACUGGCAUGCCCAUGACUUAUGAAAGGCAGGGGCAAAGAAAUGCAGAUACUACAUGUUCAGAUGAGGCUUCUGUCGAAAAUAAAAUAACUUCUGUAGACAGAAAUAUGAAGUUGAAUGAGUUCCCCGAUCAUGUAAUCCCUGCAAUUUUGAACACCGGCAGAAUAAUGACCAGGCGAAGUAUGAAACUGCAUAAUGUCAACAGUUCAAAUGCUGGUCAAGUAAGCAUUGAAAACGAUCAAGUUGCACUAACCACACAUGACUGUGAAGAAGGCUAUCCUUUAGAUGGAGCCAUUAAGGAGGAUGCCAUUGAGUGCGAAACAAUGUUGAAGACACCAGAUCAUACAGUAACUGGGUAUUCAGAUACUUUAGUAUUAAAAGGAAACGAUCAAAAGAUUGAUACUCCCUCCACUGAUUUUUGUUCUAAAGAUGAAGAACCUUGCAAAUCAAGUAGGCUACCUGCUGAAGUUGGAAAUGACAGAAUUGUAAAAUAUACUUUUAAGAGGACCAGAAAGAGGGGAUCUCCAGAUAACAAGAACAAAGAUGUUUAUUUAGAAGGAAAUAAGAAAUUGAGAAAAGCAGAUAAAGAAAGUGCCUUGCAUGAGAAACCAGACAGGAUAAUGGAGUCAACCAGAGACAGUAGGAGGCUAGCACAAGUUGCUCGUCAGUUAAUCUCCUUAUCAGAGAGGCGCUGGUGAUGAAGCCACGAGGAUACUCCAAUGAUCAAAUCAUCUGUGACAACAAAUCCUCAAGAACUAUUCUCCAUUCGGCUGAGUAUUGUCUUGUGCAUAUCCACUGUCAUUGUCUCGGCAUUGUUUAUACCAUGAAAUUGAGUUUUAAGAGGAGGAAACUAGGCGAGUGAACUGGGAUCAUAGAUUAAGAAUCAGAGGUGUAUUAGUUAUUUAUCUUAUUACUUAUGUUAUUUUUCAUCCUUGUUCCAUGUCAAUAAUGUGGAAACACACUUCUUAACACUAUUCUGACCAUUCAACUUUGUUAUAGUGUCUGUUGUUUUAUAUCUUCUGAUCAUUUUUAGUAAACAAGAGGGACGAAAUGAGAUUUAACUCUCUUGUA